AUGACGAAUAGUGAUCUGAGUGAAGAGCAAAAGAACGCAAGAUGUCCGAUAAAAUACUCUGAGGAAGACGGAUUGUAUAUACCUCUUCCAUCAUUCCCGGAAUAUAGAUUGACGCCAUGGAAGGAGGAGGAUGUAGAGCAUAUGAUCGAAUUGUAUAGUCAACCGAAUGUGGGAAAAUGGUCACAUUCAAGACCUUUUCCUUACACUCGUGAAUACGCCUCUACUAUAUUACCGGAGUUUGAGAAGCACAAAAAGUACCUGUCUUUACUGAAAGCAAGCUUACCUAACCCGCCGAAUCUCGCGGAUUAUCCAUCAGGAAAAGCAGGACCUUUGGGCGCUCUACGCGAAGUUUCUACUGGGAAAGUAAUAGGAGGAAUGAAUGUCAAAUUAUCGAUAUUCUCACCUGGAGAUUGGGAUAUGUCAUAUAAUCUUCACGAUGGCUUUGCAGGAAAAGGGAUAGGUACAGAAAUGAUCAAGAGAGGUGUCGAUUUAGCUAGAUGGUUAGGAAUAAAUAGGAUUAUAGCUUUCACAGAACAAGGCAACUACGGUUCAAAUGCUGUACUUCGAAAAUCAGGUUUCAACCUUCAUUCGGAACAUAUGGUAGAUUGGCCAGAAGCAAAAGGCGGCGGGAAGAGAGCAGCCUACGCUUGGGAUCAACAUUUAUAG